UAUGUCCGUUGUCGCGUGAUCAGCUGACUGACUGUCACGCAUCGGUUUCCGAUGCUAAAAAAAAACGCAAAACAAGCCAAAAGUGAAAUUGUUUUAAUUCAUUCCCGAGUGGCACAUUUAUUUGACUACACUCAUCCGGAAGGACAUGUCGCAGUGAGCUGUUGUUUCUGACACAUCACCAGAAUGUCAGGGAACAAUCUGGUUCUACCCAUUGUUUUAUGGGGCCGCACAGCUCCUACCCACUGCAUCAGCAGCCUGCUGGUGAUGGACGACUUCAGCACCAUUAUCACUGGCUGCCAUGAUGGACAGAUCUGCCUCUGGGACAUGACGCCAGAGCUGGAGAUUUGUCCCCGGGCCAUGCUGUUUGGGCACACGGCUUCCAUCACCUGUCUGUCUAAAGCCAGCAGCUGCAGUGAUAAACACUACAUUGUCAGCGCAUCAGAGAGUGGGGAGAUGUGUUUAUGGGACGUAAACGAUGGCCGCUGUAUUGAAUUCACAAAACUUGCUUGUGCUCACACUGGAAUACAGUUCUAUCAGUUCACCAUAGGCACUCAGCGAGAAGGUCGUCUGCUCUGUCACGGCCAUUACCCGGAGAUUCUUGUGGUGGACGCUACGAGCCUGGAGGUUCUGUACUCGCUGGUGUCCAAGAUCUCCCCAGACUGGAUCAGCUCCAUGAGCGUUAUCCGAUCACACCGCACACAAGAGGACACAGUAGUGGCGGUGUCGGUGACGGGUAUUCUGAAAGUCUGGAUCAUCACGGCGGAAGUCAACAGGAUGCAGGACCUGGACCCAGUGUUUGAAGAGGAGUCCAAACCCAUCUACUGUCAGGGUUGCCAGAGUAUUUCCUUCUGUACUUUCACUCAGAGCAGCCUACUGGUGGUCUGCUCCAAGUUCUGGAGAGUUUUUGAUGCAGCCGAUUAUUCGUUGCUCUGCUCGGUGCCCAUUGAUAAUGAUAAGACCUGGGCCGGAGGAGAGUUCAUUGCAGCAGAUAAAGUCAUUAUCUGGACGGAGGAUGGUUGCAGUUACAUCUACAGCCUACCAGCCAGCUGCCUUCCUGCCAGUGUACAUUUCCGAAGUGAUGUUGGGAAAAAAGAAGGCUCGAUACCUCCGCUGAUCUACAGCAUGGAGAACCUAACAGACAAACAACUCCUCAUCUGCCCUCCUGUGACUCGCUUCUUUUUUGGCCGACGGGAGCCCUUCCACAAGUUGUUGAUUCAGGGAGACUCUGCAGGCAAACUGUCUCUGUGGAGCAUCCCUGAUGCCUCACCUCCACGGCAUCUGCCCACCCCUGCAGAGCUGCAGGUCUCAUUCACCAUCAGUCUGCAAGCGGCGUUUGAUAAGUUGACUCCUGUGUCUUCUGGAAUUAUUGACCAACUGAGCGUCUUGCCAGGCAAAGAGGAACCCAUUAAGGUGACAGCCAGCGUCUACAUCCCCUCCCAGGGUCGACUGGUGUGCGGAAGAGAAGAUGGCAGCAUCAUUCUGGUUCCUGCUACUCAAACCGCAAUCGUUCAGUUGCUACAGGGAGAACACAUGCUAAGAAGAGGCUGGCCACCCCACCGUACACUGCGAGGUCACAGGAACAAGGUGACGUGUGUCCUGUAUCCGUACCAGAUCUCCCCCCGCUAUGACCAGCGCUCUCUGGUGUCUGGAGGGGUGGACUUUUCUGUCAUUGUCUGGGAUAUUUUCACCGGAGAGAUGAAACACAUUUUCUGUGUCCACGGAGGAGAAAUCACCCAGCUCAUUGUCCCACCAGAAAACUGCAGUACUCGGGUGCAGCACUGCGUCUGUUCUGUGGCCAGUGACCACUCAGUUGGUCUGCUCAGUCUCAGGGAAAGGAAGUGCAUCAUGCUAGCAUCGCGGCAUCUAUUCCCAAUCCAAGUUAUCAAAUGGCGUCCGGCUGAUGACUACCUGGUGGUUGGAUGCUCGGAUGGCUCUGUUUACGUCUGGCAGAUGGAUACAGGGGCUUUGGACCGCUGCGUGAUGGGUAUAACUGCUGUAGAGAUACUCAACGCCUGUGAUGAGCUGGCUCCAGCCACUGUGGACACCUUGAGCCAUUCGGCAGUGAACCUAAAGCAGGCAAUGACUCGCCGUAGCCUGGCGGCACUGAAGAACAUGGCUCAGCACAAACUGCAAACGCUUGCCACCAAUCUGCUGGCUGCAGACAACGCUGACAAGGGCAACUUGCCAAAAUACUCCCACAAUGCAUUGGUGGUCCAGGCAAUGAAGACCAACCUCACGGACCCUGACAUGCAUGUGCUGUUUUUUGACGUGGAAGCAGUGAUCAUCCAGUUGCUGACAGAAGAAGCUCAGAGACCGAACCCCAUGCUGGUGUCCCCUGAGACACUGCAGAAGAGCCAGGCUGGGGCUGACAAGGGAGGCUCCUUUCUGGCCAACAAGAUCUUUAAGCAGGUAAAGGAAACAAUGAAGGAGACAAUCAAGGAGCACCUGUUGGAUGAAGAUGAGGAAGAGGAAGAGGAGAUGAGGAGGCGUGAGGAGAAGUCCAAGUCACUGAGUCUUCUGGAGUACAACCUGACAAUGGACACGGCCAAACUCUUCAUGUCCUGCUUGCAUGCCUGGGGCCUCAACGAGAACUUGGACGGCAUCUGUCUAGAGCGACUGGGCAUGCUCAGGCCACAUUGCCCAAUCUCUUUCGGCCUGAUCUCCAGAGGAGGUCACAUGUCCCUGAUGCUGCCCACCUUUAAGGAGUCUCUGCUGCGACAGUUGUCUCUUGCAACAGGCCGGAAGCUGACACUGUCAGACAUCGUUGGUAAGGGGACUUACGGCGUGUCAAGGGCGGUUACCACGCAACACCUCCUGUCCGUCAUCUCUCUCGCCAACACUCUGAUGGGCAUGACCAAUGCCACCUUUGUCGGCGAGCACAUGAAGAAGGCACCAGCAAGGCCUCCCAGACCAGGAGGAACCCCUGAGUCUCCUCGUAGGAUGCCGGCCACUCCCCCUCAGCCCUCCAACCCAGCACUACAAGCCCAGAUCAAACAAGCUGCUGUAGCCACCACAGCCAGCUCCAGUGUUUCUGCUACCACUACAACUGCUGGGCCCCUGGGGGCCCCUGGGGUUCCUCCUCAGAGGGCCCCUGGCUCCCCCAGCCCUGGGCCUGCCUCUCAUAACAUCCCCUCAGUCAAUGAAGGUUGGAGCCAGCUGGCAGCAAUGCACUGUGUUAUGCUUCCAGACCUUCUCGGCCUAGAUAAGUUUAGACCCCCUCUACUAGAGAUGCUGGCAAGGAGAUGGCAGGACCGCUGCUUGGAGGUACGCGAAGCAUCACAAGCUUUACUGUUGGCGGAGUUGAGGAGGAUCGGUCAAUCAGGUCGUAAGGACACCAUAGAUAUGUGGGCUCCUUAUCUUCCUCAGUAUGUGGACACAGUCAGCUCCCCCGGGGCAGCCACUGAACCCUCAACUCCAGCUCCGGCCCCUACUGAAGCUCAACCGAUCGAGGCCAAGGCUCCAGAGGAGGAAAUGGACGUCACGGAUGAUGACAUCACCGCAGGAUGUCUCUCAAAUCUUCCACCAAAUGCCAAGAAGAUUUCCAAUUCAUACGAGGAGCGCCGGAAGCAGGCCACAGCCAUUGUGCUUCUGGGGGUCAUCGGGGCUGAGUUUGGGGCUGAGAUUGAACCACCAAAGGGUGCAGCACGGACUCGAGUCGGAGGGCAGGUCCCUGAAGGCUUUGGGCCAACAAGCGGUGGAUCCUCAAACUACUCCCUGGCCAGACACACAUGCAAGGCCCUGACCUUCCUGUUGCUGCAGCCCCCAAGCCCAAAGCUGCCACCCCACAGCACAAUCCGCCGCACUGCCAUCGAUCUCAUCGGCCGAGGAUUCACUGUGUGGGAGCCGUACAUGGACGUGUCAGCAGUGCUCAUGGGACUCCUGGAGCUCUGUGCUGAUGCUGAGAAGCAGCUGGCCAAUAUCACCAUGGGUUUACCGCUCAACCCACCAGCAGAUUCAGCUCGCUCAGCCCGACAUGCCCUCUCUCUUAUUGCAACAGCCCGACCCCCUGCCUUCAUUACCACUAUUGCAAGAGAGGUGCAUCGCUACAAUGCAGCCCAGGCUAAUUCUCAGUCACAGCAGAAUGUUCACACUACCACUCUGGCCCGAGCCAAGACUGAAAUAUUGAGAGUGAUUGACAUCCUGAUAGAGAAGAUGCCUGGAGACGUUGUAGACUUACUUGUCGAGGUGAUGGAUAUCAUCAUGUACUGUAUUGAAGGCUCUCUGGUGAAGAAGAAAGGCCUUCAAGAGUGUUUUCCUGCUAUUUGCAAGUUCUACAUGGUUGGUUACUGUGACCGCAGUCACCGUAUUGCUGUCGGCGCUCGCCAGGGUUCUGUGGCCCUGUAUGAUGUUCGUACAGGAAAAUGCCAGAAUAUCCAUGGUCAUAAGGGUCCAAUCACAGCGGUGUCAUUUGCCCCUGAUGGCCGUUACCUAGCAACGUACUCCAAUGCUGACAGUCACAUUUCAUUUUGGCAGAUGAACACCAGUCUGCUGGGCAGCAUCGGAAUGUUGAACUCGGCCCCCCAGUUGCGCUGCAUUAAGACCUACCAGGUUCCCCCAGUCCAACCAGCGUCUCCUGGCUCCCAGAACCACUUGAAGCUUGCGCGUCUCAUUUGGACUUCCAACCGGAACGUCAUCCUGAUGGCCCACGAUGGCAAGGAGCACCGCUUCAUGGUAUAAAACCCGAUAGAUACUUUUAUGGUCUUGUAUCGAUCAGAUCACAGUCAGAAAGAAUGGGAAGUUUUAGUGAGGUCAAAGGCAGCGACAAGGACCUGACCUAUACAAAAAAAACAUUUUAAUGAGAAUCAUCUGAAGUCCUUAAAAUAAGAACCCAACCUAAGUAGGUUUACGUGUGUUUUAUCUCCCACGGUGAUCAUGAAAGAACUCAAGCGGUAAUAUAUUUAUUUGCUGUAGCACAAGGCUUGUUUACGUUGUAUUUUGCAUCAUGUAAUUGAGUUAUUUAUAACUUCUAGGCAUUCCUAAUUAUUUUUAGUUUCACUCAUCAGUCAAAGUUUGAGCCAUAAAAGGUCCAAGCAUUCAUUGCUAUUUAUUUUAUGCUAGCCUUUAUUCUGACGGCACAAUAGGUUUGGUUAACUGUGUGGAAUUUUAGUACAGUAUUUUAUUUUUCUUUUAAUAUUGCUGGAAUAAAGUGUUUUUUUCUCGACUUCUAUGACUGCGCGUUGUUAUAAUAUAGGAGAUGAGAUUUAGUUCUGCACUAACCCGUGUCGGCAACCUUGGCAUCGCAUGCAGUAAUUGCAUUAUUCGAUAAAAUGGUACAAUAGUCGUCUCGUAACUUGAAAGUUGAAGUCUGAAGCCCGGUUUCUCUUGAUCAGCAACAUAAACUAUUCACUGUAAGGAAACAUGGAAUGCGGUACAAUUUUCAUUCAAAUCCUGUCAAAACAGGACACACACACGCACACAACCAUUUCCAACAUACAGUAUUUGACUGACAUGCAUAGAAUCAACACACUUUGAAGGUCAGUUUUAGUUUUACCCACAGUCUGGGGGGUACAUGAAGUACUGUACAUACAAGAGCUGGUGUACAAAGUAGUGUUGUGUUGAUCUUGCACAGUGUCGUCUUUUCUCUUAUAGUGACUUCCCGUUUUAAUUGCUGCAUUUCCGCGUUGAUAUAAUUUAGCAUUCCUGAAUAUUGAGCUACUUUAUCAUGCAUGUUUAUGAAGCAAAACUGUAGUACAGUGGAUCUCUGUUUUUCAUGGUGGUUACUUAUGUGCCAUGGUGAAAAAUCAUCAUCGAUAUGAAUCUCACAGAUCACCAAGCCUUUCUUGUAGCUGGACAUUGGCAUUCUCCUCUGAUUUUGGAUCAACAUUUGCAAUUAAAGUGACUGUUGUAAUUAUUAGAUUAAAUUCAGGUCUAGAAACAUCCUCUUCUCUCAUAGGACAUCGAGUCAAAGAAACACUUAAAAGCUAAAUAUGUUUCCUUCUUACCAUAAAGUAAUGACACACGUGUUAUGGAUGCAUUGACAUCACUGCACAUCAUUAAGAUUACCAUAAUUUUAGUUUGGACCGGUUUGCCUCAGAUUAUGCAGAGUUUUAUGCAGAGAUCCAUUUAUUCAUCAUUUAUUCAUAUGUGUAUACAGAUAUAUUUAUAGAUUGAUGGGUUUGUGUACAUUUUGAAUUAUAGUCUCUUUUUGGGAGUGUAAGAGAUGUGAUGGAGUUUGUUUUAGACACUUAUUGCUUGUUUUGUUGACCGGUUACUCUUCCUUUCUCCCGACCUCCGCCCAUCUUUUCCGUCAGAAAGCUUCUAACACUGCUACACUGUAAACACACGUGUCAAAGCUUUUCACAAGUUUCUUCUCGAUCUAGUAGCAAAAAAAAAAAAAAAAAAAAAAAGCCAGUAGCUCAUCAGGCUGUUUUUUGAAACCUCCUCCUCACCAGUGUAGGUCCACAGAGCUUUGAGAUCUUAAUCUUGGCUUUUCUGCCGCACACUCACCAUUUUGAGAAAAUCUGUUUUUGUCUGCCCCUUGGGGAGAGAAGGUGAGAAAACGAAGGCAAAGAGGAAGAGCUGAGGAGUAAGUAACAAGUGAGGAAGAGCAGUCAUCCAAGAAAAAGAAACUAGAAGAUAGCGUAGUGGAAACCUUAAGGGUUGGAACAUUUUACAGUACAUCGUCUUCAGGAUGAUGACACAUUUUAAGUCAACUUUAUCAACUUAGUUUUCACCUUCAGCUCAUUUGGCAAAACAUAAAAUAAAAAAAAAGGCUUGAGAUGCUGGUACGGGUUUAGUGUUAUGUAAUUGUAUUUAAUGAAAUGACCAUUAGGGGAAAAAAUGAUUUCAUCCUCAGCUGAUUUUGUAAGUUUACAAUGAACAGUCUAUCAUUUUUAUGGUAUGUUUAUUUUAACCAACAAAAAACUUGAAAUCACAGCCAGCAACAACCAUUCUGAUCCCCUUACAAAACAGUGAUGUACUCAUGAAAGCAAAAAGCUUGGUGAGAAAGACCGCUGUUUAUAAUGGAAGAAAAAACAGAUCGCUCUGGAGCGCCACCUCAAAAAAAAAGGCAAAAAAAAAGCAAAUACUGAUAGUGGUGCAAGAAAGUUGAGUCUCACUGUUAAAAUAAACUAAAAAAUAAUAAAUAAAUAAUAAUAAAAAUAAAAAUCAUAAAUAAUAACAAACUUAAAAAUGUUUUUAAAAUUAACUGUUCAUGCAAAUUUCACAAAAUUAGCAGGUGAUGAAAUAAUUAUUUCCCACACCGUUGUGUGGUAAUGUGCUGUAAAUAUAUGAAGCUGUGUAUUACGUGUCUGUGUAUUGUGUGUAGUGCAUGCAUGUGAGCCUCUCGGUGUACACAGUUUGAAUCCACGAUGUAUCAAAUCAAUGUGUAGUGGUAAUGUGUUUGUUUUGACUGUAUUCCAAUAAAGACGGAAAUAAAUCUG